AUGCAUAUAAUGAAGGAUGUGCACCUAGACCACGAGGCGAACAAGCAAAAACCGAGUUGUGAGACAACCUGCCAAGUUUGGGAGGCCUGUGAUUUUGCCAGCGUGUUAGCACAGUCGGCUUUGGGCGUCCCUGCGUAUAAUACACUGCACAAAGCGUCACGAAAAGUGUUAGAGAAGAAGACCGAAUGCUCCGAAUGUGGCAGAAUUCUCAGCAAUCCGUCGUCACUGGAGAACCACAUGAGGCUGCACAGAGGCGAGCGGCCGUACACCUGCUCCCAGUGUGGAAAAGCCUUCCCGAGCGUCCGAGGCCUCAACCGGCAUGUCAAAGUCCACGCCGAGGAGAAGGGCUACAAGUGUGAGGUGUGCGGCAGGAGUUUCGUUUACCAGUUCACCCUGACCAAACACAAGCUCAUUCACUCUGGAGACAGACCCUUCCCCUGUAAGGUGUGCGGGAAGAAGUUCCUGGCCAAGGCCGACCGCGCGACUCACAUGCGAAUGCACACGGGAGAGAAACCCUUCUUCUGUAAUCAGUGUGGGAAGACGUUCAAGCACAGAGUGGCGCUGAACAUGCACAUGCAGGGACAUCGGGGCGAAAAGCGAUACGUCUGCCCGCACUGUGAGAAAGGCUUCGUGGAUCUGGGUAACUUCAAGAGACAUAAACGUAUCCACACCGGGGAGAAACCGUUCGAAUGCAAAGAGUGCGCAAAGCGUUUCACUCAGUCGGCGCACCUCAAGAAACACGUCAACACGCAACACUUGGCUCAGAAACAAAAUCAGAAUGGAUCUACAGCCGGUGACUGUCAUGGUCCAGGCUCCAGUGGGCAAAUAGUGGAGAAUUCGUUUGUGAUGCAGAACCAGUUACUGUCAUUAGAUUCGGGGGAACCCGUGGAAAAAGAUAACGUCUUAGAUGCUUGUCCAUAG